AUGGGCAUUGCACUUUACGAAUCGUCCUACGUGCCUCAGCGCACCGUAAGGCGUCACUUUAUGUUCUAUACGGCACGCGCUCAGCAGGCUCUCGAGCACCAGUCCUUCUUCUUUGACCAGAAGGAGAAGCUGUCUCUCAUGCUUAACACCAUUGGCGCCGAAGCAAAGGCCGCCAGCUUCCCGGCCUGCAUGGACUAUCCCGAGCUGACGGCGGCCGUCACGCAGCUACUGGAUGAAGCAGUGCUCGCCAGCACGCUUACCUUCGAUCAGAUUCAACAGGCUGGGCUGCAAAUGGGACCUUUCACUGAAAAGGUUAACAUCGUCGAGACCGUCGCGGCCGACGUCCGCAGUCGCGCCAUGGCUGUCCCAAAGACUGUCUCUCGGAAGAGAGGCAGGAGGGAGGAGGACGAGGACGAUGAAGAGAUGUCUUUCGCUUCCUACACGACCUGCAAUAAGCGCGGCAGAAGUACCGCUGCUGAUUACGACAUCGUCAUCGAGCCUGCCUACUGCGGGAACUACGCCGAGAACUUCUUGCAGACUGCGUGGUGGACGCAGGUCUGCGAAUGA